AUGGAGCGGGGUUCCUGUCCGGCCGUUAAGUGCGCUCUGCCUCCGGCCCAGCCGCCCGUAAACUUCGAGGAUGAACUUCACGACUGCCUUGACUACUACUAUCUACGCGACUUCCCAGCUUGCGGGGCCGGCCGCAGCAAGGGCCGGACGCGGCGAGAACAGGAACUGCGCACUAACCGGCCGGUACCGGGCGGCCACGAGCGCAAGAUCGCUCAGAAGCUCUUCUACGGCCAGCGCAAGCGUCGCCAGCGCCAGCUGCAGCCCCGGCCGCGCACUCGCCUCUGCUGAGCGCCGGUGCGUGCGGGCCGCCACCGGCCAGCGCCCCAACCGACCGUACGACUCCACCUGGGCAGAGUUGGCGGUUCUGAGGCUGCGCCGCAUUACCAACCCCUAUACCCCCAUAUUACCUCCUGACUGCGGUUGGAAUAGUGUAAAACUGCUUUUUGGAACUCUGUAGUAGAAGGGGCUAGAAAAGAAGAAAUCACCCUAAAAAAAAAAAAUCAAGGGAGAGAUUUACUUCCAGUGCUCAUGAUCGGACUAAAGAGAAUAGUUUGUGUUUUGUCUGAUUUUCUACAGAAUACCCGAAGGACCUGAUAAAAAUAUUUUCUCUGACUGCAACUAUAACAGUGGUCCUAAGGGGAAGAGAGCCAUGUUGGUCAAGAUAACUUUUCGACAUUGCUUAAGGUUACUGCUUCGGUAGCUUUUCCCUACUAAUUGUUGAUUAAUGUCCAAGUGGGUAUGUCUUUGUAGGAUUUUUAAUUAAAAGAGAGCAGCAAGA